AUGAUACGAUAAUAAAUGAUAGAAAAAGAAGAAGAACUUGUUUGUUCAAUGAAUCAUAAACUUCCAAUUUAUAUGGUUGUUUGUGAUAAAAGUAUAGAUAAGAAUAAAAGACUAUUAUGCAAUGAAUGUAUGGAUAAUUUAGAAUCUAAUCUAAAUAAUGUAAUGAGUUUUAAAAAGGUUGCUUUAUUAAUUGAAGAUAAUUAAAAGAAAAAGGUUGAAUAAGUUGAAUAUAAUAUUAUGAAGAAUAUCAAAUAAAUUGAUGAAAUUUAGAAAACAUUACAUUAAUUAAAAUCAUAUAUAAUAUAAUAAUUAGAUUAAUUGAUUGGAAAUACAGAUGAAUGGAUUAAAUGUUUAUAAUAAAUUGGAUAAUAGAAUGUAAAUUAUAGUUUCUUUAAAGAAUUGGAUAAUCUAAUUAAUAAAGUUUAAAUUUAAUAAUAAUAUGAUGAUAAACCUUUAAUUACUUAAAUUAAUUAAAUUAAUUAAUCUUGGAAUCAAAAGAUAAUUAAUAAAUUGAAUUAAUUUAAAUCAUUUGAAUUAACAAAUAAAUGUGAAUAAUUAUUAAUUAAUCUAUAAACUAUUAAUUAAUAAUAACAUUUAAUCUAAUAAAUUAAUAUAAUUCAACAAUAAUAACAAAUUGAUAAUCUUUAAUUAAAAUAAUAUGAUCUUGAAUUUAAAUUAAUAGAUGAUUCAAAUAAAUAAAUUGUAUCUAGUUAUUCAAUAGUGUUUAAUAACACUGGAUCAAUCAUGAUAUCUAAUGAUGGUUAUGAUAUUAUAAUUUGGGAUUUUAAUUAAGGAAGGUUAAAAUUAUAAAAUCGAUUUAGUGUGCAUUAAGAUUCAGUUUAAUGUUUAGUUUUUAGCAAAAAUCUUAAUUCCUUUAUUUCUGGUUCUGAUGACAAAUCAAUUAUUUGUUGGAAAUAGAUUAAUAACAAUGAAUGGAAAUGGUCAUAAUCAUAUUAAUAACAUAAUGAUUGGGUUUCAUGUUUAAUAUUAAAUAAAUAAGAAGAUUAACUUAUUUCAGGUGGUAGAGAUAAUUCAAUAAAAAUCUGGAAUGUAGAUUUUAUAAAGAAUGAAUUAACUUAUCUUUAUUCUUUAGAUAAUACUGCAGCUGUCUAUUCAUUAAGUUUAAAUUAAUCUGAGACUAUGUUGGCAUCAUGUGCAAAAAAUCGUUAUUUAAUAUGGAAGAAAGGAGUAAAUGAGAAAUGGGAAUUAAAAUGUAAAUAAGAGGUUACUUAAGGAUACAAAAUAUACUUUAUGGAUGAUUAAUAAUUUCUAUGGGUGACAAAUGAUAAGAAUAUUGAUUAAAUUUUAAUUUUUGAAUUAGAGGAUGGACUAUUCAAAUAGAAUUAAGACAAAACUAUUCAAUUAAAUACAAAUCAAUUAUGUGAAGAUGAUUGGAGACUCUUCCCAAUUAUAUAUAAUAAAGAUAAAAAUAUGCUUUUAGUUAGACAUAAACAUCAUAUAUAUAUUAUUAGCAAAAUAAAUGAAGGUAACUUUAAGAUUAUAGGAUCAUUAAAUUGUGAUAUUAAAGAGAUUUUUGGAACUAUUACAGAUAAUGCAUAAUAUUUAGUAUUUUGGGAUGGUAAAUAAUAGAAAUAUUCAUCAUAUGAGUUAUUAUAAAAAUGA